UUCUUGACUGCCACUCCUUCUGCUUGAGGCAAUGGCUGCAAGUCGUGGUAGGGACGACUGCCCUGGCCGCCAACCCUCGCGCCGAUCGCGGUAUGGCUGUCGAAACUGCAAGCUCAGGAAGCUCAAGUGCGACGAAGAAAAACCCCAGUGCAAGAAAUGCUGCUCAUUCGGCGUCCUGUGCAACUUCAUGCCGCAACACGGCGACCUGCAGCCUGUUGCUGCUAGCAAGAAGCCUACCUUGGUGGUCCAACGCAAGGUCCAGCCUCAAUCACCAGUCUCCAGUCCCAUUUGGACAUCUGACGAGACUUAUUCCUAUCUCCUGAGUGCGAAAUGUCAGGACUUCAUCACCCGCUAUCUUGGUCGCAGCCUCAUCACCCCGGAUGACCCUGCCAUGGUCCAAGUCAAUCAUAGGAUGCUGGGACUGGCUUUUACCAACCCAUUCCUGAUGCACGCGUCCCUUGCCGUGGCAUUUGCCCACGAUCGCUACCUAGCAGCCUCAUCACACGGCACCAGCCCACACAACGUGCAAGAAUGCUACCACUGGUCUCAAGGUACCGCCCUCUUGCAAGAGCGUCUAAAAGAGCCCAUUCAACCCCAAGAUAAGGACGCAAUCUGGGGUACUGCCGCUGCGCUCGCCAUGCUCUCCUUCGCCUCUCCCGACGUGGACACGCCGCAAGACUCUUGGCCUCUCCAGUCUUAUGGGCGUUCUGAUCUGGACUGGCUGCGGAUGAACGAGGCAAAGGACUCGCUGUGGCACAUUGUCAACCCCCUCAGACGGGACAGCCUGUUUAGCGUCCUGUCGGCGACGUAUGCCCAGUUGCAUGCGCCUCUGCCGGACAGGGGCGUGGAUGGCAUCCCGCCAGCCUUGGCAGCUCUAUGCUGCCUCACAGAGUCGUCUACUGUGGACACCAAUCCGUAUCUUCAUGCGGCUCAUGCAUUGGCACAUGUCUUACGUCUUCCAGAUAGUGAGGUGACGACGGGCAUGGCACACCCUUUCAUGCGCAGCAUUCGUGAUGCUUUCAAGGAGCUCCUCCUCGCAAGGGACCCCAUUGCGCUCUUGCUGCUGUAUCUCUGGUAUCGCAAGGCGAGUCGGACUAUAUGGUGGAUUGCACUGCGAGCCAGAGUGGAGGCCCCUGCCAUCAGCUCAUAUCUACAGCUACAUCACGGAGGCAAUGCCAUGGUGCAAGCGUUCCUCCCUGGGGGCGCUUUUGCCGAUGGAAUGUGAACUUUCUUUUUUCUAUUCUCAC